UCAUGUAGGGUAAUUUGAAUCACUAAUCAUAAAUUAAGUAGGGGCGUGUCCGCAGGGUCAAAAAAAUCUUAAUAUCGAAAAAACUGGAUUAAUUUAAAGGACGACCCCCAUCAUCAAUCUUAUCGCUCAAUUUAACUCUAAAUCAUAUUGAACAAGGAGACAACAAUCAAUUGCCAUUCUCUAUAGUCAAUUACCAUAUAACAUAUACAUAUCGUCAUGGUUCUCUCCGAUAAGGAAUUAUUUGAAUUAAAUAAAAAGGCCGUUACUCAAGGGUUUAAAAUUAAACCAAGAAUCAAUUAUAAUACUGUUGGAGGUGUUAAUGGUCCAUUGGUCAUUUUAGAUAACGUGAAAUUCCCUCGUUAUAAUGAAAUUGUCAAUUUAACCUUACCAGAUGGAACUGUUAGACAAGGUCAAGUCUUGGAAGUUAGAGGUACCAAGGCAAUUGUUCAAGUUUUUGAAGGUACUUCAGGUAUCGAUGUUAAAAAGACUAGAGUUGAAUUUACAGGUGAAAAUUUAAAAAUCCCAGUAUCUGAAGAUAUGUUAGGUAGAAUCUUUGAUGGUUCUGGUAGACCAAUUGAUAAAGGUCCAAAGAUUUUUGCUGAAGAUUAUUUAGAUAUUAAUGGUUCUCCAAUUAAUCCAUAUGCUCGUAUUUAUCCUGAAGAAAUGAUUUCAACUGGUAUUUCUGCUAUUGAUACUAUGAAUUCAAUUGCUAGAGGUCAAAAGAUUCCUAUCUUCUCUGCAUCUGGUUUACCUCAUAAUGAAAUUGCUGCUCAAAUUUGUAGACAAGCUGGUUUAGUUAGACCAACUAAAGAUGUUCAUGAUGGUCAUGAAGAAAAUUUCUCCAUUGUUUUCGCUGCUAUGGGGGUUAAUUUAGAAACUUCAAGAUUUUUCAAACAAGAUUUCGAAGAAAAUGGUUCUUUAGAAAGAACUACUUUAUUCUUAAAUUUAGCUAAUGAUCCAACCAUUGAAAGAAUUAUUACUCCUCGUUUAGCUUUAACUACCGCUGAAUAUUUAGCUUAUCAAACUGAAAGACAUGUCUUAACUAUCUUAACUGAUAUGUCCUCUUAUGCUGAUGCUUUAAGAGAAGUUUCUGCUGCUAGAGAAGAAGUUCCAGGUAGAAGAGGUUAUCCAGGUUAUAUGUAUACCGAUUUAUCAACUAUUUAUGAAAGAGCUGGUAGAGUUGAAGGUAGAAAUGGUUCAAUUACUCAAAUUCCAAUUUUAACUAUGCCUAAUGAUGAUAUUACCCAUCCAAUUCCUGAUUUAACUGGUUAUAUUACCGAAGGUCAAAUUUCAAUUGAUAGACAAUUGCAUAAUAGAGGUAUUUAUCCUCCAAUCAAUGUUUUACCAUCCUUAUCUCGUUUAAUGAAAUCUGCUAUUGGUGAAGGUAUGACUAGAAAAGAUCAUGGUGAUGUUUCCAAUCAAUUAUAUGCUAAAUAUGCUAUUGGUAGAGAUGCUGCUGCUAUGAAAGCUGUGGUUGGUGAAGAAGCUUUAUCUACUGAAGAUAAAUUAUCAUUAGAAUUUUUAGAAAAAUUCGAAAAGAAUUUUAUUGCUCAAGGUGCUUAUGAAAAUAGAAGUAUUUUUGAAUCUUUAGAUCAAGCUUGGUCAUUAUUAAGAAUUUAUCCAAAGGAAUUAUUAAAUAGAAUUAGUCCAAAGAUUUUAGCUGAAUUCUAUGAAAGAGAAAGAGAACAAGAUGAUGAUGAAGAAGAAGAUGCUGAUAAAAACCAUGAUUUAAUUGAUGCUUAGAUGUUAUAAAGAAGAUAUCUUUAUAACUUUUUGCUUAUUGCAUAGACUUUCUUUUUCUUCUAAUUUCCAUCCUUUAUUACGAAAAGUAACUUUCACCUCACCUUUCCCUUUUUUAAAUUUCAUUUCAUCAUCUUAAUUUUGAGAGAGAAGAAGAUACCAUUUUAUCAUUUUCUGUUAUCAUCAUUUUAGCUAUUAUUUUUCCAUUCCUUUGUUUUUAACCUAUCUGGAUAAAUUUAUCAAACAUUAUUAUUCUUAUUAUUAUCAUCCAUCCAUAUUUUUUAUUAGUACUCUUUUUAUAUUAAUAUACACGUCAAAAAUAUUUUUACAUUUCGAAAGU